AUGGCACCAAUUCUCCCUGGGUCAACGUUGCGCCCGGCACGAGUGGUGUCAGUUGACUUCUUGUCAUUGACCUCAUCGUUCUUGGAUACGCCCUCGGGGGACCCGGUGUUGGGCGGUUUCGACUACGACGAGGAGAAUGACAACUUCGCCUACCAGCGUCAGCCUCACGGCUCUACGACAGCCUUGAGCCAGGCCGCGAUGCAGGGCAUCGAGGAUCCUUGCCUCGGAAUGAAGAAGUACAUCGAGACGGGCGGAUUCUACCACGCGAAGCAAUGCGGCUGGGACAUUUCGGUUCGGUUGGGAACCGACAGAGCGCGCACUUGGGCAUCUCAACCAGACCAGGGCAUCAGUCCGCUAGAGACUCUGGACGAUUACUUCGUAUGGAACGCAAAUUUGUUGGCGCCCUUUCUCAAGUUUCGCAAGAAUCUGCCGCAACAGAUGCGGGACGAAUUGGACGAGCAGGCGCUGCUGUUACCGAUCAUACAGGGCUUCAUUGGUACUGCACCCGUGGUAGGGUAUACGAGUGCUUCAGAGACCGCAGCACUAUCUCUGAUCUCGAGGCUAAGCUGCAAGCGUGCAGGGGCGCGCUUUCGAACGAGAGGCAUCGAUGACGAUGGAAACGUCGCCAACUUCGUUGAAACGGAAAGUAUCCUUUGCGUGCAGGACAUCUGCACCUCAUAUGUGCAGGUACGAGGCAGUGUUCCAUUGUUUUGGCAGCAGCCUCAACAGGGGCUAGGAACACUCCAGCAAAAGGUUGAGAUUACUCGCCCCCCGCAAGCAUCCCAACCGGCUUUUGAUAAGCAAUUCAUGAAGCUACUGGACCAUUACCAUUCUGUGCAUGUCAUCAACCUCCUCGGGCAAAAGGAUGCCGAAGCGAUGCUAUCAAGCAUCUACUCCGACCACUUCAGCGAGUUACGCGACUCCUUACCGCCAAAGGCGACGUCCGAAUCUCCGGGCAAAGACGAUCUAGAAUAUACUCCCUACGAUUUCCACUCGGUCGUCAAGUUUGGCGGGCAUGAAGCUGUGCGGAACGACUUCUCGACAUCCUCUGCGAUCAACGGAUCCAUCGACAAGUUUGAUUAUACGGCGGUUGAUGCGGCUACCGGUGUUGUCAUUCAGCGCCAGCAAGGUGUUUUCCGCGAGAACUGCCUAGAUUGCCUGGAUCGCACAAACUUCGUGCAGGACGUUGUCUCCACAUUGGCUCUCCGACGCUUCCUUGCCUCCUACGGCUCCCCAUUACUCAAUAGCCCUAGUCUAUGGGCCGCUCACCGCGAACUGUGGGCUGACAACGGUGACCGACUCAGCAAAACGUACGCCGGGACGGGUGCUCUGAAUACAAGCGCGACUAGGACUGGGAAGAAAACGUUUGCAGGAUUGCUCAGUGAUGCUACGAAGAGCGUCAGUCGCGCCUACAUCAACAACUUUCAAGACAAGGGCAAGCAGCGAGCGAUCGACAUGCUUUUGGGCUUGAUGGCUGGCCAGCGACCGGUCAUUCUGUUCGACCCGGUUGGCGAUUCCGUGCACAAUGCUCUCAUCGCGCAAAAGUCCCAGUACUCCACACCGCGGCAUUUGACAUUGUUCUGCGGCACAUGGAAUCUCAACGGCCGCGCCCCUGCAGAGGCACUAGACGCCUGGUUAUUCCCCUCUGGACAACCCACAGCCGACAUAUACUCUGUGGCGUUCCAGGAGAUAGUUGAGCUCACCCCACAACAAAUCGUUGUGACUGAUCCGGCAAAGAAGUAA